ACCAACUUCUGUUGACAUCUGCCGGUAGGCCAGUUACACGCUUGACAGUUCAUUCUACAGGGCGCUGUGGAAGACAUAAGCUGGGGAUUCAGUGUGUGGAUGAGAGCAUCAGAGAAGAAUGUCCCCUCCUCGGCUCACAGGUGCUCUGCGCUCCUUCUCCAAUGUCAGCAAGAAGGAAGACUUCACUGAACAGUUCUAUGAUCUGAAGACCAAACGACUGAAGAGACGGGAGCUGUUUGCCAGAGAGGGUCUGACAUGGCAGAAGAUUGUCCAUUUCUGCUCUGAGCAUCAGGACAAAGCUAAACAACAAGCUGCCAGUCAGGAACUGAAGAGCCUCCUUCUGGCAGCCAAGGAAAUUGUGGGGACUGAAUAUGGUCAGGAGGCCAUUGAAAGUGCUGCUGUCUUUUUGUUUGAGACCUUCCACAACAAAGACCACGUGGGGACAGAGGAGACUCGGGCCAUUAAACAGAUGUUCGGCCCCUUUCCGUCAUCUGCAGCCGAAGCCUCCUGUGCCUGUGUGGCUCGGCUGGUGGCUCCGCUUGAUGAUACCCGAGUUGAAAACUUUAUCCAGACCUUGUGCUCCCGCCACAAGCCCCAACGAGGCUCUACUUUUGGACGCAACAUUGCCUUCUCGUAUGACUGCUAUACUCUAGACCCACUGGAGGACCUGCCCUGCUCUGGCAUCCACGAGGAGAACGUGAGUCUAGACUUUAUCAACUUCCUCAACAGCCAUCAGAGUGGGAGGAAGGUCACCAGUGAGGAAGAGUUGCCCAGCUCAGGAGGAUCUCUGAGCUCUGGGGAUGGAGCCAUCCUUAGAUCAGAGGUGGAGAAGUAUCUGGAUGGAGGCAACAUGAUCUCAUCCAGCCCAGAGGAGCUGUGCACGUCCCUGUUUGAAAUGCUGGCCUCCCACAAGAGUGACGAUGAGCUGCAGAAUGAGCUGUUCGAGCUGCUGGGCCCAGAGGGGCUGGAGAUGAUCUCCACCCUCCUCCAGCGAAGGGCGGCCAUCGUCGACUCUCUCCUCGCCAUCCCACCUGACAGGACUGGCUACCCACCAGAUAUGAGCCGAAAAGUCAGUGGCGAAGUGACCAAGCCCGCCUUUGGGUGCCAGGUGACCAUCCAGUCAGAGCAGGAGAAACAAAUGAUGAAGAUGUACCGCAGGGAGGAGAAAAGAGAGAGGAAGAGAGGCAAAGGAGUUGACGACAGUGACUCCUCAGAUGCUGUCAUGACCUUUGACCCCAGAGAGAUGAGAGCCCAGCGGGAGCAGGCCCUGCUGACUGCACGACGUGAACCAAUAAUGAGCAGAGAAAGAGUGUAUGAACGUAUUCGAUAUCCAAACGUCUACGACAGCUAUGCAGAGGCCACAAAGAUGCCUGCGUUUGUUGGAGGAGCCAGGUUGCUGCUACCUGAGGGAAUCCGCAGAGAGAAUACUAAGAUGUAUGAAGAGGUGGAGAUCCCUCCCAACGAACCCAUGCCUAUCGGCUUUGAAGAGAAGCCUGUCUACAUCUCUGAACUAGAUGAGAUCGGGCAGCUGGUGUUCAAGGGGAUGAAGCGUCUGAACAGGAUCCAGUCCCUGGUGUUUGAGACGGCCUACAACACCAACGAAAACCUUCUCAUCUGCGCUCCAACUGGCGCCGGCAAGACCAAUAUCGCCAUGCUGACCGUCCUUCACGAGAUCCGCCAGCACCUGCAGCCCGGCGGUGUCAUCAAGAAGGAUGAAUUCAAGAUAGUAUAUGUGGCUCCUAUGAAGGCCUUGGCAGCUGAGAUGACUAAUUACUUCAGUAAGCGGUUGGAGCCACUGGGCAUCACCGUUAAAGAACUCACUGGAGAUAUGCAGCUAACCAAAGGAGAGAUCCUACGAACACAGAUGUUGGUGACAACUCCAGAGAAGUGGGAUGUUGUGACCAGGAAGAGUGUUGGAGAUGUGGCUCUUUCCCAGAUUGUGCGUCUCCUUAUCUUGGAUGAAGUCCACCUUCUGCAUGAAGACCGAGGACCAGUACUGGAGAGCCUGGUUGCCAGGACCAUUAGACAGGUGGAAUCCACCCAGAGUAUGAUCAGGAUCCUGGGACUAUCAGCCACCCUGCCCAACUAUCUUGAUGUGGCCGCCUUUCUUCACGUAAACCCCUACAUCGGCCUCUUCUUCUUUGACAGUCGCUUCAGACCUGUGCCCCUCGGACAGACCUUUGUCGGCAUCAAAACCACUAACAAGAUCCAGCAGCUUCAUGACAUGGAGGAAGUUUGUUACAACAAAGUUCUGGAGCAGGUUAAAGCUGGUCAUCAGGUGAUGGUAUUUGUCCAUGCUCGUAAUGCCACAGUGAGGACGGCCAUGGGGCUGAUCGAGAUGGCAAAGAACCACGGAGAAACAUGCUUCUUUCAACCAGACCAGGGUCCAGACUACGGCCAGUGUGAGAAACAGAUCCAGCGCUCUAGAAACAAGCAGAUGAAAGAGAUGUUCCCAGAAGGCUUUGGGAUCCACCAUGCUGGCAUGCUGCGCUCUGACCGCAGCCUGAUGGAGAGCAUGUUCUCCAAAGGCCACCUCAAGGUGCUGGUCUGCACUGCCACCCUGGCGUGGGGAGUGAACCUGCCGGCCCACGCAGUUAUCAUCAAGGGAACUCAAAUCUAUGAUGCCAAGUGUGGCACCCUGGUUGAUCUGGGCAUCCUGGACGUCAUGCAGAUUUUCGGGCGUGCAGGUCGUCCCCAGUUCGACAAGUACGGUGAGGGCACCAUCAUCACCACCCAUGAGAAACUGAGCCACUACCUGACCCUGCUCACCCAGCAGAACCCCAUCGAGAGUCAGUUCCUGAGCAGCCUGGCCGACAACCUCAACGCUGAGAUUGCUCUGGGGACAGUCACUAAUGUGGAGGAGGCAGUGAAGUGGCUCAAUUACACUUACCUCUAUGUUCGCAUGAGGGCCAACCCACUGGCAUACGGCAUCAACCACAAGGCUUAUCAGAUGGAUCCCUCCUUGGAGCUGUACAGGAAGGAGCUUGUAGUGGAGGCAGGCAGAAAGCUAGAUAAGGCCAGAAUGAUCCGCUUUGAGGAGCGCACCGGCUACUUUGCUUCCACUGACUUGGGCAGGACUGCCAGCCACUUCUACAUCAGAUACAACACCAUAGAGACUUUCAAUGAACUUUUCAACUCUCAGCGAACAGAAGCUGACAUCCUCAGUAUUGUGUCCAAGGCUGAAGAGUUUGAACAGUUAAAGGUUCGUGAGGAGGAGAUGGAGGAGCUGGAACAGUUGCUGUGUAACUACUGUGAGCUGCCGGCUGCAGGCGGGGUAGAGAAUGGCUACGGCAAGAUCAACGUUCUGCUUCAGACAUACAUCAGCCGAGGAGAGGUGGACAGCUUCUCUCUCAUCUCAGACCUGUCGUAUGUGGCUCAGAAUGCUGCUCGGAUCGUCAGGGCUUUGUUUGAGAUUGCUCUGAGGAAGCGCUGGCCAGCCAUGACCUACCGACUGCUCACCCUCUGUAAGGUGAUCGACAAGCGGCUGUGGGGCUUCUCCCACCCUCUCCGCCAGUUCCCCAACCUGAGCCAUAUUGUACUGAACCGCCUGGAGGAGAAGAAGCUCACUGUGGACAAACUGAAGGAGAUGAGGAAGGAUGAGAUCGGUCACAUGCUGCACCAUGUCAACGUGGGGUUAUCAGUCAAACAGUGUGUCCACCAGAUCCCAUCGAUCAUAAUGGAAGCUAACAUUCAGCCAAUCACACGCACCGUCUUACGUGUUCGUCUCAGCAUCACGCCUGACUUUCGCUGGAACGAUCAGGUCCAUGGGUCAGUGGGUGAGCCAUGGUGGUUAUGGGUGGAGGAUCCCAUCAAUGAUCACAUCUACCACUCUGAGUACUUCCUCCUGCAGAAGAAACAGGUGGUAACAGGAGAGCCUCAGCACGUAGUGUUCACCAUCCCCAUCUUUGAGCCAUUGCCCUCCCAGUACUACAUCAAGGCGGUGUCUGACCGCUGGCUCGGAGCCGAGGCCGUCUGCAUCAUUAACUUCCAGAACCUCAUCCUACCCGAGAGACACCCUCCACACACUGAGCUGCUGGACCUGCAGCCGUUGCCGGUGACAGCUCUCGGUAACCGGGAGUUUGAGAGUCUGUACAAGUUCACUCACUUCAACCCCAUCCAGACUCAGAUCUUCCAUACGCUGUAUCACACGGACACUAACGUCCUGCUGGGGGCGCCAACGGGCUCUGGGAAAACCAUUGCAGCAGAGAUGGCCAUGUUUCGGGUCUUCAACAAGUAUCCAACCUCUAAGGUGGUGUACAUCGCCCCCCUGAAAGCACUGGUCAGAGAGAGGAUUGAAGACUGGAAGAUCAGGAUUGAGGAGAAACUGGGGAAGAAGGUGGUGGAAUUGACAGGUGAUGUGACUCCAGACAUGAGAGCUAUAGCACAGGCUGACCUCAUCGUCACCACACCAGAGAAGUGGGACGGAGUGAGCAGAAGCUGGCAGAACAGAAGCUACGUUCAAAAAGUAGCCAUUCUCAUCAUCGAUGAGAUUCACCUGCUGGGUGAGGACAGAGGUCCAGUAUUGGAGGUCAUUGUGUCCAGAACCAACUUCAUCUCCUCUCACACAUCUAAGAGUGUCCGAGUGGUCGGUCUGUCCACAGCUCUGGCCAACGCUCGAGACCUCGCUGACUGGCUUGGAAUCGGACAGGUGGGUUUGUUUAACUUCCGUCCAUCUGUUCGUCCUGUACCGCUGGAAGUUCACAUCCAUGGUUUCCCAGGACAACACUACUGCCCCCGCAUGGCCAGCAUGAACAAGCCUACCUUCCAAGCGAUACGCAGCCACUCCCCAGCCAAGCCAGUGCUAAUUUUUGUCUCAUCACGACGGCAAACGCGACUGACCGCCCUGGACCUUAUCGCCUACCUGGCCACAGAGGACAACCCCAAACAGUGGCUGCAUCAGGAUGAGAGAGAGAUAGAGGAUAUCAUUGCCACAGUGAGGGAUUCCAACCUGAAGCUGACGCUGGCCUUUGGGAUCGGCAUGCAUCACGCAGGCUUGCAUGAGAGAGACAGAAAGACUGUGGAGGAGCUGUUUGUCAACUGUAAGAUCCAGGUUCUGAUUGCCACAAGUACUCUGGCCUGGGGGGUGAACUUCCCUGCUCACCUGGUGGUUGUUAAGGGAACUGAAUACUAUGAUGGCAAAUCCAGACGCUACGUGGACUACCCCAUCACAGAUGUUCUGCAGAUGAUGGGGCGAGCAGGUCGGCCUCAGUUUGAUGACCAGGGCAAAGCAGUUAUCCUCGUCCACGACAUCAAGAAGGAUUUCUACAAGAAGUUCCUCUACGAGCCUUUCCCUGUUGAGUCCAGCCUCCUCAGUGUGCUGUCAGACCAUCUGAAUGCAGAGAUUGCUGCAGGAACCAUCUCAUCCAAACAAGAUGCAAUGGACUACAUCACUUGGACAUACUUCUUCAGGCGGCUGGUGAUGAACCCCAGUUAUUACAACUUAGAAGACAUCAGCCACGAGUCCAUCAACAAAUACCUGUCCAACCUGGUGGAGAGAAGCCUGCGGGACCUGGAGUGCUCGUACUGCAUGGAGAUACAAGAGGAUGAUCGGACUAUUGAGCCACUGACUUAUGGUCGCAUCGCCUCCUAUUACUACCUGAAGCAUCAGACCAUCCGCACGUUUAAAGAACGGCUGAGGGCUGAGCUGCCCAUCCAUGAGCUGCUCUCCAUUCUGACGGAUGCAGAGGAGUAUGCUGAGCUGCCCGUGAGACACAAUGAGGACCAGCUGAACAGCCAGCUGGCUCAGCAGCUCCCCCUGCAGGUCAACCCCCACUCCUAUGACAGCGCCCACACCAAGACCCACCUACUGCUGCAGGCCCACUUCAGCCACGCCCAGUUGCCAUGCAGCGACUACACCACGGAUACCAAGACAGUACUGGACAAUGCCAUCCGAAUCUGUCAGUCAAUGCUGGAUGUAGCUGCCAAUGAAGGCUGGCUCAUUACGGCCAUCAGUAUCUGCAACCUGGUGCAGAUGAUCGUCCAGGGCCGCUGGCUGCACGACUCCUCAUUACUGACGCUGCCACAUGUGGAACAACAAGACCUCUAUUUGUUCAGGAAAUGGGCAAACAGGAAGGGGAGGAGCAAUGCAGGGGGCUUCCACGGGCCAAUUGAAGGACUUCCUGAGCUGAUUGCUGCCUGCAACGGAAAGGAAAGUGUUUUUGCUGAUAUCAUCGGCCAAGAGUUUCAAUCAAGUCAGAUUGCCCAGGCAUGGUCCUUCCUGAGUCAUCUCCCAGUGCUGGAGGUUGAGAUGAGUGUGAAGGGCUGGUGGGAGGAUAGCCAGCAGCAGACGGAGCGUCCCCUGCCAGCUGCAGGAGGUAACUUGAAGGAGGCGAGCAGCUGGCUGGAUGUCCACGCUGACCAGGAGUACGUCCUGCAGGUGUCACUGAGGCGCAUCAACCUGGGCCAGCAGAGGAGGAAGCAGGACAGUAAGGCCCAGGCUCCCAGGUUCCCCAAGGUGAAGGACGAAGGCUGGUUCCUGGUUGUUGGAGAGGUGGAUCGCAGGGAACUGCUGGCUGUCAAACGGGUCGGAUAUGUGCGCCACCGCACAGCUGUGUCUGUGGCCUUCUACACACCAGAGAAGACUGGAAAAUGUAUCUACACACUGUACCUGAUGAGUGACAGCUACCUGGGUCUGGACCAGCAGUACGAGAUCCACCUGAAUGUAACACCUCCCAGCAUCGCUGCUCAGGUCAACACAGAGGUGUCCGACUCAGUGACUGAGCUGUCCCUCACCUGAGGAGCACUGACAGAAAAACUCAGUCAUCAACACAUGAGUGGGAUGAAUCUGAAACACAUCUGACUGUGUUAAAGGCUUUUUCUGUUGUGUCACUGAUCUGUGAUGAUCAGUGAUGUCAUUGAUUGUUUUAUGGUGACAAGUUCAAAUUUACUAUUUUGCUUUACACACUUUGUAUCAGCCCAACUUACCUACUUCUGCUUCAGUUUGUAAUUUCUAAGUGAACUUCACCUCUUGCUUAAAACUUGUAUUGUGAAUGCAUUGCAUUCUGGUUAAAUGAAGCUACUGUUGGCGCAGAAAAAAAUACAUUUGUGCCUAUUCUAUGAAUUUCUUUUUUUUUUCAGUGUGAAAUGGAGGGUAUAGAAAAAUAUCUUGUGAUUCUUUCAAAGAGAACUUUUAGUUUACUAAUUUAACACUGAUUUUCAUCAGGAACUUUCAAGUGUUUUAUGCUGUGGCCACACCUUAAUCAGUGAUGUCACAGCAGGUGUUUAUCCUUUGACCAAUGCUGCACAACACCAUCACUGAUGGACAACAGUUAUGUCCCAUUUCAGAAGGUGUCUCCCUCAUGGUCCGUUUUUCUCGACCAAAUACAUUGUUCUUGGGUAUCAAGGCUGUCCCAUUCCACAUGUGGCCCUGAAAUAAAUCUUUCCUUUGCCAAAGGUUCUUGGUGUCUAAAAAUUCCUUGAAUGCUGGUCACUUGUCUCAGUCAGUGCACUUACAUGACCUUAUAGAAAAUUGAUUUAUUGUGUUAGUUCAAUUAAAACCAGACUUUAUAAAUACAUGUAAACAUGUUGGCACAACUGAAAUUUUACCAACACACCCACAUGAUUGGGAGUUGGAUUACUCCUGCAUGUAUACAGUCAGUUGGGCCCAAACUGGCCUAGGCGAGGAGGAGACACAGCUCAUGUUGUGUCAGCUGAAAGAGUUCAAUAUUUUAAAGUACACAGAUGGGAUGCUGCUAGCUAACCGUAGCUAACUUGUUUGCUGAUUGUUUGGUCUGUGACGUAAUAGGUCAACUGGAAAAAGGUCCAAUACUCACAAACUGAAAGGGGGCAUAUCACCACCUAUCAGAGUCAGACAUACUUCGGUCAAUAAAUCGAUUGCCCUCCUGUGCUUGUAUACUGGGACAAGGACACAAGUCCAAUUAAAUUGCCUAGUCGAGCUAUAACUGUAGCUCUACUUCACUGUGCAUGUAAACGUACUGAGUGUGACUAAAGGCCUCAGUAAGCUUUAGAUGAACUAGGUCGCACAAUGUGUCAUCUGACCACAUCAAAAGAAAAAAAAAAUACCUUCAUACCCUGCUACAGUACACACAGUGCCUCCUAGAUCUCUCUUUGAGACCUCUGUGUGUGUUUGUCUUUGCAGUCUCAACAUGAUGAAUUGUGCAGAUGGAAAUAACAGCACACACAUUCAGACAGCCUCUCCUCACAGGCACCGAUGGUGUUUCACUUGGUUGUAUGCACAAAAACUGGCGGAAGUAGUGCUUAAAACGGAAGUUCAGACCUUGUCCACUUUUACUCCUGUAUGUUCACCCCCAGCCAAUGGUUGUAUAAAGCGGGCAAUUGGCCGGGUAUAUGUCUUGAACCUCCAUUUGAAGGGUUGGGCCGGUCUAAACAUUUUUUAGACGGGUUUGAUAUUAAGUCAGACACUGGGUUGGACCAGUAGACAGAAUUUUAUCACAAGAUUUAGUCGCAUUUGAUUCAGCUGCUACAUCAUGGAACAUUGGAGCACUCUGUCCACGUGAAAACCACUAAAUAUGCACUUCUGUCACAUCAUGUAAACAAACCAAGUAGCUAUCAGCUGUGCGCUCAAGAUCAGACUGUAGACCUAACCACUUAAAUGAUGGGUGAGCACUUCCUGUCCUUCACUGUCUUCCUACGUUUAUAUUUUUUAAACAAAACACAAGUUUUUUAUUGUGAUAUUUAUUGGAAUUGAUAUACAAUAUAGCCAGCAGCAAGUAGGUUGUUAUUAGUGAUGGUCAUUUGCCAGAAACUUUCCGCUUUCUGGUGUUCUAGCUGCCACCUUAUUUUGGUGUCUGUAGUGAAAUAAGAAGGUGUCACAUAGAUUAUUCCUCAUUUCAACUUCAUGAAUCAGCUGUUCCUCAUACACUGCGGCACUUUCAAAGUGAGCAUCAGCAAUGAAUAGAAACAUGGUGUCCACCAAAAGUCAGCAGCCAGUUAAGACACCUCUUUCAUCGGCUUCAAAUCCAAAAUGUUGCCACGUUGGUGCAGUUUUAGUUUUCUUGAUAGACUAUCACCCCAAGAAAUACUUUACCAGUCUUGUAAACAAACGCAGCAUGGUGCUUGUCUCCCUUCCCUCUUCUACUGAAUUUGAUCUCCUCCAUGUUGCAGGUGCUCGGCUCAGAGCCUGUCAGACACUAGUGGCUCUGUUAGUCCUUCUGUAAACAAACAUAAUAAUGUUAAUAAUCAUGUUUUCAGAUUGCUGGAUUUUGCACCAUGAUGUCAUCAGCGCAGGUCUCUAAUGUAGGCUAUUUUUUAAUUUACCAGAACGUGUAAUAAUGACAAAUGCCAGUUCAGCCGUUUGCCAACACAUUCUCACUCCAACCUCUUCACAUAUCGACAUUUCCACAUCAAGAUAUGACGUGCAAAGUUCCCUGGAUACAUUGGUUGAUGAGGUUCUGGGAUGCUGUGUCACCCUCAGCCUGUUACAUGCAUUGUCAGUUUUCAAAAUA